CAAAUCGUAACCCGUCUCCGAAUCCUCCACAGUACCUAUGUGCUACCAGAUCAUACAUGUAUCCAGCCAUGGGUACCUACAUAUGUACAUGUAAGACGUAGGUACCGUUUACUUCACGAUUAUGUUAUGUAAGUCACCAUCAGCAAACGCCCAUAUGUACAUCUGCACACCUUCAUUAUCGUCUCUUUCCUAAUCUACUUCUCACUUCUUCCUCUCCCAACUCUUACUCAUCCUCGUCCCCCUUCUCCUCUACAUGUAAAUUCAAGCAUACCUACUCUCAACAACUCAGCUGAAGAUGGAACCAAGGAAAGAUCCCGUUCCCGCGCCCGGAGAUUCCAUUCCCGCAUCGAUAGACACUAUUCCCGAAACCAGCAGCCCACCCCCGGAGGAAAAGGCAGAGAAGGGUUGGCAGUUUUGGCUUAUAUUUGUCAGUCUUAUUCUCACGGCUUUUCUGAGCGCCUUGGAGGGUUCCGUCGUCUCCACGGCACUGCCGUCUAUCGCGCGUGCUUUGGAAGCUUCUGAGAAUUACAUUUGGGUUGUCAACGUUUACUACCUAACCAAUGCUGCCUUUCAACCAAUUUAUGGUCAGCUGGCUGAUAUAUGGGGUCGGCGAUGGUUGACCAUUGGUGCCGUCGCUAUUUUUACUGCCGGUAGUGCGAUAUGCGGCAGUGCGACGUCGACCAACAUACUGAUCGGCGGCCGAACCAUCCAAGGAUUGGGCUCAGCUGGUAUCAAUAUGCUUGUCGAGUUAAUCCUCUGUGACCUGCUGCCUCUACGAGAGCGCGGCCAGUUCUUCGGCAUUCUGUUCCUCUUCAUCAUCCUUGGGUCCGUCAUCGGUCCCUUCCUGGGCGGCAUUCUGGUCGAUCGCGUUUCUUGGAGAUGGGUGUUCUACAUCAACCUGCCCUUCGGCGGUGUUUGUACGAUCCUCUUGUUCUUCGUUCUCCAUACCCCACACACCGCGUACGGCAGCUUUCUCAACAAGGCAAAGAGGAUCGAUUUCUUUGGCAACUUCCUGCUUGCCGCAUCGGUAGGCUCCGUCUUAUACGCUCUUACGUACGGCGGUACUCGAUACCCCUUCUCUAAUGCGGGCGUCAUCGUGAGCCUGGUUCUGGGUCUCUUAGGUCACGUCGCCUUCCUCAUUUUCGAAGCUUCGCCUUGGUGCCGCGAACCUGUCAUGCCGAUGUCGCUAUUCAAGAAUAGAACAUCUACGGCCGCGUAUAUCGCGACGUUCCUGCAAACCCUCAUCUCUUUCUGGGUCCUCUAUUUCCUCCCGCUCUACUUCCAAUCGACUCAGUUGGUCUCAGCCACGCGAUCCGGCGUCAUGCUCCUGCCUUUCUCAGUCAUCUAUGCGCUCUCAGCCGCGGCAGGGGGUGCGCUGACGACGAAAUUAGGACGCUAUCGGAAUAUCCACUUCGUCUCUUUCGCCGUUAUGACUAUCGGUAUGGGAACAUUCACAAUAUUGAACAGAGACACGUCUUUGGCUGUUAUAGUGGUAUUGGAGGUCAUUUUUGCCUUCGCCAUCGGCAUCCCCACCCCCAACCUCUUGACAGCCAUCCAAGCCGCGUUGCCGGAUGAUUUGAACGCCCUUAGCACGGGCACUUUUGCCUUCGUGAGGAGCGUUGGAACUAUCUGGGGCGUCAGUAUCCCGGCCGCCAUCUUCAACAACCGCUUCGACCAGCUCCUGGGCGAACUAUCCGAUCCGGCCGCCAUAGCGGCGCUAGCGCAUGGAGGCGCAUACGAAUCCGCGUCGAGCGAGUUUGUGAAUUCGUUCCCUCCCGCCGUUCGAGACGUAAUCAUCAGCAUCUACGAGCGGAGUCUGAGGCAACUCUGGCAGAUUGGGAUCGUCUUCGCCGGUGUGGGGUUCUUGACCAUUUUCUUGGAGAAGGACUUGGAACUGCGCUCGGAGAAGGAGACGCAGGAUAUUGGGCUACAGGAUCGUCCGAAUGCUGCUGGCUAUUCCACCUCGCAGGAACCUAUAGUUGAGCUGCAUGAGUCGAGGCGAGAGGAGCAAGCCGUAUAAACAUACGGUGCAACGACAAGUUCGACGCUUUAGACUAGAGUAUCGAGGUGCAUACCUAGGGGGUUAGUAGUCGGGUGCUUUUUACGUACUGGGUAGACUCAGGGGAAUAUUUGUUUUGAUGAUGAUUUACACACCUCAAGAAUUACAGGAAGGAUAUAAAGGCAUGGGUACAUAGAAUAGAAAUUUUGAUUAAUACGAAGUUUAUCAUACCACCACGAGCUUCUAUGUGGUUGA